GUCACCUGACCGCGGGAGGCUCCGCGAGGUGGGUGCUGCUUACCGCGGGCCCUAGGAAGUCGCCAUGCCUACAACACAGCAGUCACCUCAGGAUGAGCAGGAAAAGCUCUUGGAUGAAGCCAUACAGGCUGUGAAGGUCCAGUCAUUCCAGAUGAAGAGAUGCCUGGACAAAAACAAACUUAUGGAUGCUCUGAAACAUGCUUCUAAUAUGCUUGGUGAACUCCGGACCUCUAUGUUAUCACCAAAGAGCUACUAUGAACUUUAUAUGGCUAUUUCUGAUGAACUGCACUACUUGGAGGUUUACCUGACAGAUGAGUUUGCUAAAGGAAGAAAAGUGGCGGAUCUCUACGAACUUGUACAAUAUGCUGGGAACAUUAUCCCACGGCUUUAUCUGUUGAUCACAGUUGGAGUUGUAUAUGUCAAGUCAUUUCCUCAGUCCAGGAAAGAUAUUUUGAAAGAUUUGGUAGAAAUGUGCCGUGGUGUGCAGCAUCCCUUGAGGGGUCUCUUUCUUCGAAAUUACCUUCUUCAAUGUACCAGAAAUAUCUUACCUGAUGAAGGAGAGCCAACAGAGUAAUGAAGAAACAACUGGUGAUAUUAGUGAUUCCAUGGAUUUUGUACUACUCAACUUUGCAGAAAUGAACAAGCUGUGGGUGCGAAUGCAACACCAGGGACACAGCCGAGACAGAGAAAAAAGAGAAAGAGAAAGACAAGAACUGAGAAUUUUAGUGGGAACAAAUUUGGUGCGCCUCAGUCAGUUGGAAGGUGUAAAUGUGGAACGUUACAAACAGAUUGUUUUGACUGGCAUAUUGGAGCAAGUUGUGAAUUGUAGGGAUGCUUUGGCUCAAGAAUAUCUAAUGGAGUGCAUUAUUCAGGUUUUCCCUGAUGAAUUCCACCUACAGACUUUGAAUCCUUUUCUUCGGGCUUGUGCUGAGUUACACCAAAAUGUAAACGUGAAAAACAUAAUCAUUGCUUUAAUUGAUAGAUUAGCUUUAUUUGCUCACCGUGAAGAUGGACCUGGAAUCCCAGCAGAUAUUAAACUUUUUGACAUAUUUUCACAGCAGGUGGCUACAGUAAUACAGUCUAGACAAGACAUGCCUUCAGAGGAUGUUGUAUCUUUACAAGUCUCUCUCAUUAAUCUUGCCAUGAAAUGUUAUCCUGAUCGUGUGGACUAUGUUGAUAAAGUUCUAGAAACAACAGUGGAGAUAUUCAAUAAGCUCAACCUUGAACAUAUUGCUACCAGUAGUGCCGUUUCCAAGGAGCUCACCAGACUUUUGAAGAUACCUGUUGACACUUACAACAAUAUUUUAACAGUCUUGAAAUUAAAACAUUUUCAUCCACUCUUUGAGUAUUUUGACUAUGAAUCCAGAAAGAGCAUGAGUUGUUAUGUACUUAGUAAUGUUUUGGAUUAUAACACAGAAAUUGUCUCUCAAGACCAGGUGGAUUCCAUAAUGAAUUUGGUGUCCACACUGAUUCAAGAUCAGCCAGACCAACCUGUAGAAGACCCUGAUCCAGAGGACUUUGCUGAUGAGCAGAGUCUUGUGGGCCGAUUUAUUCAUCUUCUGCGGUCUGAGGACCCUGAUCAACAGUACUUGAUUCUAAACACAGCACGAAAGCAUUUUGGAGCUGGUGGGAAUCAGCGGAUUCGUUUCACACUGCCACCUUUGGUAUUUGCAGCUUACCAGCUGGCUUUUCGAUACAAAGAAAAUUCUAAAGUGGAUGACAAAUGGGAAAAGAAAUGCCAGAAGAUUUUUUCAUUUGCUCACCAGACUAUCAGUGCUUUGAUCAAAGCAGAGCUGGCAGAAUUACCCUUAAGACUGUUUCUUCAAGGGGCACUAGCUGCUGGAGAAAUUGGUUUUGAAAAUCAUGAAACAGUGGCCUAUGAAUUUAUGUCCCAGGCAUUUUCUCUAUAUGAAGAUGAAAUCAGUGAUUCCAAAGCACAGCUGGCUGCUAUCACCUUGAUCAUUGGUACUUUUGAACGGAUGAAGUGCUUUAGUGAAGAGAAUCAUGAGCCCUUGAGGACUCAGUGUGCACUUGCUGCAUCCAAACUUCUGAAGAAACCUGAUCAGGGCCGAGCUGUGAGCACCUGUGCACAUCUCUUCUGGUCUGGCAGAAACACAGACAAAAAUGGGGAGGAGCUUCACGGAGGCAAGAGGGUAAUGGAGUGCCUAAAGAAAGCUCUGAAAAUCGCAAAUCAGUGCAUGGAUCCCUCUUUACAAGUGCAGCUUUUUAUAGAAAUUCUGAACAGAUAUAUCUAUUUUUAUGAAAAAGAAAAUGAUGCGGUAACAAUUCAGGUUUUAAACCAGCUUAUCCAAAAGAUUCGAGAAGAUCUCCCAAAUCUUGAGUCCAGUGAAGAAACAGAGCAGAUUAACAAACACUUUCAUAACACGCUGGAGCAUUUGCGCCUGAGACGGGAAUCACCAGAAUCUGAGGGGCCUAUAUAUGAAGGUCUCAUCCUUUAAAAAGGCAGCUGCUCAUCGUACUCCUUUCUGUGUACAUCCAGUAAGGGUUCUGUAAUACUAGGUUUCCCUUCCAUAGACUGUGCCUUUCAGAAAUGCUGAGGUAGGUGUCUCGUUUCUUACCUGUGAUGUGUUUUACCCAGCACCUCCGGACACUCACAAUUCAGGACCUUAAAAAAGUUAUUCACUUCAUAAGUGUUCAAGUCUGCCUGGUCACCCCAAGUAGCAUGAUUGAUCUGCUAUUUAAAAUUCCUGUAAUCUGUGAAAAAGACCACACACUUAUCUCAGCUACUAAUGAAGCUCUCCUUCCUUUUUUUCUGUUUUUUUUUUUAAUCGUUGAUUGUGCAUUUUCUUCAUUACUGGGGAGUACUAACCCAAGAGUGUGUCUGUCUCUUUGUUCCCUACUCCAAUUUGAGAUUAAUUUAGAGGAAAGGAAUACUGUAUGUGAAAUUCGCUUGGACUUUUCCCUAAAUGCAAGAUAAGGCCAUGUGUAAUAUUUUCCCUAAAACUAGAAUAUAUUAAUGCAUGUUUGGGAAUUUUAAAGCACCAUGAUCAAAACCAGAAGCUAUAUUUUGCAUAUUUGGACUCAGCCAUCCAUUAAGAACCUUUGAUGUCAUUUGGACAUAUUUAUCAAAAUAUUUUGGUUCUGAAUAGUAUAAAAUAGAAAAUUUGUGAUUUAUAUGAUUUAUGUGUAACCAUUACUGUAAAUUUAGCAGAAAAUGCAUCAUGAUUUUGUUGUUGUUGUUUUUUUUCCCCCACCAGUGGAACAAUAAAGUUGCUAUUAACAA